AUGUCAUCCCCAAGAUCGGCAUCCCCAGCCAACAGCCCGGUAGCAACAGCCUCGGGUAGACCUUCUAGCCCAACACCUCCUGGUGGCCCAAAGACGGCGAUUAGAAGACGGGCGGCGGCAGAUCAGAAGGAUAAGGUGGCAAAUGCUAGGCCGAGUAGUACGAGGGCGGCGGGUGCGGGUGGUAGCUCGAGUACUAUGUUGAGACUUUACACCGACGAAUCCCCAGGAUUAAAGGUCGACCCCGUCGUUGUUUUGGUUCUCUCUCUUGUCUUCAUCUUCAGCGUUGUUGCCCUUCACAUUAUCGCAAAGGUCACUCGCAAAUUCUCUUCUUAA